AUGGAAUCAGUUCUGUACUUGCUGGAACGAAUAGCCGAUCACAUGUCCGAGAACGAUGCAACAGCAAUAAGCCAGAUUUUGGAGCACUGCUCACUGCUUUUAUCCUGGAAAUUCGUUGCUUCACAGAGUGGUGCAAAGCAACUUGGAAAAUCUUUGAUGGAUCUGCUUUAUUCACUGCAGCAUCUCAUUAGCAUCGGGAAAACAGCGGAUGACCAAGAAACACUCUGUAUGGGACUAGCGCUCAUGUUCAUGGAUAUUACGGGUUGCACGAGCAACGCGCUAAAAGUCCUGGAAACAUAUGCAGGGAAUCGAAGUUCACCGCUGCCAGUGUUGGAUCGUGUGAUGCAAAAAUGUUACAACUACUUCGUGAACAGUGGGAAUCCGCGAAAUUUACGCAUUCAUGCUCUGAGAUGUGUGGGCCAAUCACUGGCAGUGCAGGAUACCGAUUAUAUGCUUAAAAGUUUAGAUCAGAUUCUGAUACCGCGUCUCAGAGCACUGCAAAUGAUUGUUGAGGGCCGGAUGGCGACAAGUUCCCAGUCGACACAGAGCCUUGAGGAAGAAUGUGUCUUUGAGCUUGCCGUUCUUUCAGCUCUCAUUGCUACGCAAAAGCCAAGGAGCGAAGCCUCCAAAGAUGAUAUUGAAGUCGUUGAAAGCAGUCAGUCGGACGAAAAAAGCCCUAAAACGAACGUCGUAUACACCAUACUGUGCCAGUGCCUGCCACUCUUAUUGAAUUUGUUGCGAAAUUUUUCAUCUUCGGAAAUUCUGGUUGAAAAAACUUGCGAUGUGCUGCGAUCCGGUCUAAUAGCUGCUGUUCAGGAUGAGAGCACCCAAACACUCGCAGAUUCCUAUUGCGAUAUUCUGGAUUUCAUCAUCCUGAGACAUCCCUCUGCUGCCUGCGUAUUAGCCAAGGCAAUGAUUUUCGUGAUGGUAACUGCCAGUACGAAGAUAGUAACACAUAUAGCCACAUGGUUUAAGAAUAUCGACGAAAAGAUGAAUGAAUUUAAUGAGGCGUACAUUGAGCUGGCUUAUCAUGUUGUCAAGAAGCACUGGAGGCUGCUGGUCGUUGCACCAUCAUCAGUGGCAUAUACAUUUCUUCAAGCUACGCGCAAUAUCGUUCUAAAGAUACUUGGGACGAGUAUGGAUACCAGUCUUUGUCGCAAAAGUUCACUUCUGCUUCUGGUUAUGAUCAGAAAUGUGACGAACAGCAAGACGUUCAGCGAGGUACUUCAAGAAACCGACUACCAUCUUAUCAAUGUUAUAUUCUGCCGUUUACAGACUGAAGCCAUCAGACCAAUAGCAGAAGCACUUUCGGAAAUUUUGAUGCUCCUAGCAAGAAGCAAUCCGCACCGAAUAAGGUCAGUAUUUCAACUCGGCAGUCAAGCAAGCUUCCGCGCUGAAAUUUUGGCAGUGCGUUCCCCGGCCAAGUGCCAACCCUGGGCCGAGGUACCAACCCUCACGCACAUUUGGGCCCCGAGUACGAGCACGUGA